AUGCCUAUCAAGUCCAACUUCCCGGACAUCGACCUGCAGGUUGCGGAUAUCUUUUCUUUCCUGUUCAAUCGCAAAGACCGGCCGUUCCCUGAUGACCAAGUCAUCUUCCAGGAUGCCGACAACCUCGAGCGUCAAUACACGUACGGCCAGAUCAAACAAUCGAGUAUUGAUUUUGGCAAAGGUCUAAAAUCGAACCAUGGCUUCCGCAAAGCAGAUGUGCUCGGUCUGUUCGUGCCCAACGACAUCGACGUUGCGCCUGUCGUGUUUGGCACGCUGUGGGCCGGUGGGAUCGUGUCCCCGGCAAAUCCAGGCUACACGGUUCCCGAGCUGGUCUAUCAACUUAAAGACUCUGGGGCGCGCGUGCUGGUGACACAUCUGAGCGUGCUGGACAAUGCGCGCAAGGCUUGCGCCGAGGUGGGCAUUCCCGACUCGCAUAUCUUGUUACUCGGCAAAGAUCGCGACCAGGGACGCCAGGUCAAGCAUUGGACGCAGGUCCGAAACUUGGAGGGCACUGCACGCUACCGAACGCCCAAGAUCGAACCGAAAACAGAUCUAGCAUUCCUCGUUUACUCGUCCGGCACGACGGGACGGCCGAAAGGCGUCAAACUCACCCACCACAAUAUGACAUCCAACAUCCAGCAGAUCCAAGCCUCGGAGGGCUGGCUGUCGUGGGAUGGAUCCAAAAGGGUCCCUGGCAUCCCGGACGCGCCCAAGGGCAAAGGCGACAAGAUCCUGGCGUGUCUGCCGUUUUUCCAUAUCUACGGGCUCAACAUGCUCGUGCAUUCGCCCAUGUAUUCGGGCGUGCAUACGCUGGUGCUAGCGCGGUUCGAAUUGGAGAAAUGGUGUCGACUGGUGCAAGAGCACCAGAUCACGUUCAGCUACAUUGUUCCGCCCAUCGUCCUGCUUUUGUGCAAGGCCCCCGUCGUGGACAAAUAUGACCUGAGUUCGCUGCGCAUGACAAAUUCCGGCGCGGCGCCGCUGACUCGCGACCUGGUCGAGGCGCUGUACAAGCGCAAAGGAGUGCGAGUCAAGCAGGGAUACGGGCUCAGCGAGACAAGUCCGACCAUCUUCGUGCAGCGGUGGGAAGACUGGCUCGACUCGGUCGGCUCGACGGGCUGGAUGCUACCGAAUCUCGAGGCCAAAUUCUGCGCCGUACCUGGUCCAGGCCAGGAGAGCGACGGCAAUAAAGAGGUCCCAAGGGGCCAGGUCGGCGAGUUGUACGUCCGCGGACCGAACGUCUUUGUCGGCUAUCACAACAACCCCGCCGCGACGGCCGAGUGUCUCGAUGAAGAAGGCUGGUUCCGCACCGGCGACGUCGGAUUCAUGGAUGACAAAGGCAAUUUGACCAUCACGGACCGUGUCAAGGAGCUUAUCAAGUACAAAGGGUUCCAGGUCCCGCCGGCCGAGCUGGAGGGAUACCUGGCCAGCCAUGACCUGGUGGAUGAUGUCGCCGUCGUGGGCGUCGAGAGUGUCGAAUUGGGCACCGAGGUGCCUCGCGCUUACGUCGUGCGCAAGGGCGGGUUGCAGGCUGUGAAGCCCAAUGAUGGCAAAGACAUCGUGGCCUGGUUGAACGCAAAGGUCGCCAACCAUAAGAAGCUACGUGGUGGGAUCAAGUUUGUCGACGCUGUCCCUAAGAGUGUCAGUGGAAAGAUCUUGAGGAGAGUGCUGAAGGAACAGGCUCAGAAGGAGUUCAGGGAGGAAGAGGAGGCCAAGAUCAAGAAGGCUGGUAGAGCGAAGCUGUAA